GAAUUGGCUUUUCAUGAAGAGGAAAGGACUCGCAAUAAGCAGAUUCAAGCAUCAAUUGCCCAGAUAUUUCAGAGACAAUCAGAAGCACUCGUUAAACGACGUAGUCUUGGUAAAGAGAGCACAGGUGCCUUUAUGACUAGGUCACAACGCAUUCAUCGUACUCACCCGCGUAGGAGACAGAACUCUCGAGGGGCUGAGCGUCAAGGGUCUGAAGACAAUGAGGAUGAAAAUGAUGAUAAUGGAGGCAAAGAUUCAUCUUCCACUGAUGAGCGCGGUACAGAAGCGAGACAGAGAAGGUGCAAAAGGCGAUCUGUAAUCCGGCCUUUUCAGCCUUCUUCAUCAGUGGUAAACUCAGAAGGUGGAUGUGUUGAAAAUGAUACAGAGGUGUCUAGAGACAGCAGAGGAAUUUCUCCUGGGCUUGUCUGGAACGCAGACAUGCUUGCUUGGGGAAGGGGUGGUGCUCGGAGUCACACUCGACAUGGAAAUUCUGGUGGCAGCAGUAGCAAGAGUUCACGUGCUCGCUUAAACAGAUUGGUAGAGCACCUCCGGAGCUUGGAGGAAAAUGUUGAUGAGCUGGAUGUUCAUCUCAAGCUUAUUUCAGUGGACGAAAAAAGUACAUCAAGUUUGCAGCAACCCUACCUUUGUUGUCGUCCUAGUCUGUCAGUUAAGCAGCUAUGUGAAUACAUUGCUCUCCAGACACCAUUGCGAGCUGAAGAAGUAGAAAUAUUAAUGGUGAAAGGACAAUAUAGUAGUGAUGACAACCACUCCAACCCAACUCCUUGGACCUCAGAGGAAGCACUACAACUUUUGGAAGGUCAAGAAACUUUGGCAGGUCUUAAGGUCAAGUGCAGUUCCGGACGAAAUCAUUUGAUUCUAGCAUAUCGGCAGAAGCAAACUGGCUAGGAAAUUUGUGCCGUUGUUGACAAUGCCAGUUCUACAAGUAAGAGGUUGGUGUCUCGUUAAUAUACAGUUGAGCUAUGUGUAAAGAGUGGGAGGUGUCUGGUCGUUUGAUGAAACCAUUGUUUGAGUUGCCUUCUUGGUGAUGUUAACAUUUAGGUAGUUUAUGGAGUUGCGAUUUUCGAGGAUGCUAUAGGAAAAAUUUACUUUGUUUUAUGAACAUGUUUGGAUAAAUUUUGCGUCGCCUGCUUAUUUGCUUCUCAAUAGUUUUUGGAGAAAAGUCUACACUGGAAGAUCCGAAAGUUGUAGUUGUACGACGAUCAAUUAAAUGAGAAAAAAGGGUUCAUAGAGCUGAUUGCAAUUCUGGAGAAAAAAAUUCUAAUGAA